AGAUCAACAUUAUUUGCACAUACAUGCUGCCCUGUGGGUUUAUUUGAGUUUAAAGGCCACUUUAGGACUCCUGGCUUCACUUUGAUCAGCGCCAUGAUGAAGAGAACUGUGCUGUAUAUCAGCAUCUUUGGGCUGCUUCUGGCUUUUGGUACCACACAACCCAAGGCUGAUUGGGAGAUCUACAGCUUUCACAUCAACUCCACAGUGACCAGCCGUUACGCUACCACCGUCAUCAACAGUCGUGUGGCCAAUCGUAAAGAUGAGUCCCAAGAAAUAGAAUUCCACGUCCGAAUUCCCAAGAAUGCCUUCAUCACCAAAUUCAGAAUGUUCAUGGAGGGCCAGGUGUACGAUGGUGUCGUGAAGGCGAAAGAAGAAGCUAAAAAACAGUACACUGAGGCCGUAUCCCGUGGAGAAAGCGCUGGCAUCGUCAGUUCAGUCGGGAGGACUCUCGAGGAGUUCAAGACCUCAGUGACCGUAGCCGCUCACAAAAAGGUGACUUUUGAGCUCACGUACGAGGAACUACUCAAACGCACGCUGGGCAAGUAUGAGCUGCAGAUACACGCUCGCCCCAUGCAGCCUGUCAAAGACUUCGGGGUGGAUGUGCAUAUAGACGAAAAAGCAGGAAUCAGUUUCAUCGAUGUUAAAGGGGGUCUUAGCACCGGCGUCCUGGCAAAUGCCGUCACCAAAACGCAUGUAGACAAACAGGCCUCGAUCUCUUUCAACCCCUCAGUGGACCAACAGAAAACAUGUGAGAGCUGUGGAGGAGCGGGUAUAAAUGGAGAUCUGGUAAUAGUUUAUGAUGUCAACAGAAGUAGGUCACUGGGGGACAUCGAGACAUCAAAUGGGUAUUUUGUCCAUCACUUUGCUCCAUCACAUCUUCCCCGCAUUCCGAAAAAUGUUGUCUUUCUCAUUGACAAAAGUGGUUCCAUGCAUGGCAAGAAAAUAGAACAGACUCGUACAGCAUUAAUCCAUAUCCUGAAUGACCUUGCGGAGGAUGACUUCUUUGGUCUCAUCACAUUUGACCACAGCUUGGCUUACUGGAAGCGAGAACUUGUUCAGGCAAACUCCCAAAAUGUGGAUCAAGCCAAACAAUUUGCACAGAAUAUUAUGGAUAGAGGAGGCACAAAUAUUAAUGAUGCUUUGUUGGAUGGAUCACGUAUGCUGAAUGACAACCCCAGGAAAGGUUCAGCUUCUAUCCUCAUACUCCUCACUGAUGGAGACCCAACCUCAGGUGUGACCAAACCUGAACAAAUACAGUCAAACGUGAUGGAGGCCAUUCAAGACAAAUUCCCACUCUACUGUCUUGGUUUUGGGUUUGACGUCAAUUUUAAAUUCCUGGAGAAGCUGUCCUUGCAGAACAAUGGCAUUGCACGCCGUAUUUAUGCAGACUCUGAUGCUGAUUUGCAGCUGAAGGGAUUCUACGACGAGGUGGCUAAUCCUCUUUUGACAGAUGUGACUAUGAUCUAUGAUGGCGGGGCUAAUCUGACACAGACCAACUUCAGCCAGUAUUACAGUGGUUCAGAGAUUGUAGUGGCUGGUCAGAUCACUGACAACAACAUUGACACCUUCUCCCCAAGAGUUGUGGCCAUUUCAAGGAACGUAAGCAUCGUUUUCUCUGAGGAAAAGGGUACCACAGAGUUGACAGAUGAUAGCAACAUCCAGAGAGUUUGGGCCUAUCUGACUGUCAAACAAUUGCUGCAGAAAGAGUUGCAGUUAUCAGGAGCUGAGAAGGAGAAAUUGAAGAAUGAGACUUUAAGGCUGUCACUCAAAUAUAAUUUUGUGACCCCACUAACGUCCAUGGUGGUCACAAAACCAACAAAGGAGACCACAGAAGUGCUUGACAAACCCAUUGAAGGACCUCCACCUCGUGGGGGGUUCACUUUCGGAUCGAACAGCCGAAAUGUAGGGUCUACAUCACAAAAAGUCGGUCUACGCAGAAGUCAGCCUCGUGCUGGAGUUAUUUUCAAGCUACAAAGGAGGCCUAUUUCAGGUCGUCCUGGUGUUGCUAGUACGCUUGCUGGAUCCGGUCGUGGUUCACAAGCUUUACCCUGGGUUCCACAAGAUCACAUUUCAUUUUUUUCACCAAACUUUCAUGCUGAAGUUCGGCCCACAUUUGCAGUACCCGAAUUACUUUUACUACCGACCUACCUGCCUUCAGUCUUUGCAAAAAAUCACACACAGUUUUUGCACCCCGCUGAGGCUCCAGCUAUUUCACUGUGUUUUGGUAUUCCUGGAGAAACAAUACUUCGACUCUUUCAUUUGCCCACUGGAGAACUUUCUGUAAAUGGUGAACUGGAUACUACAAAAGGCUUCAAGACGAUUGUUGUCCACUUUGAGACUAAUGGCACGAUUACUCUGGACACGGGCGAUAUCACCAUUGAAUACGGACAACAGGAACAGAAAAGGUCAUGGUAUGGGGGACCACCACAGGAGACCACCACUGUUGGAAGCGCUACAGUGAUUACUCGGAAUGGAGAAGUUGAUAUCACAAUUGGAGAAAUGCACUUGAUCAUCUUGCAUCAUCGGAUCUCAGGAGACCAAUACCUAUGGCCAGUUGUAAAGCAGAAGCCUUCACAUGAUAAUGCUGAAGGAAUUUUAGCACAAAAGCCAGCGGUUUAUGAAGAAGAGCACCAACCUUCUUUCACAAGACUUAAAUUUAAUAACCAGGAAGUUAAUGUUGUCAGUAAAAUAUAUGUUCUUGACAACAGUCUUUCUCCACCUAUGCCGAUUCCUUGCUGGCCUGUGUCUACUCAGACAGCACUACAUGCACCGUUGGGCAAUUUCGUUAUCAACUCUAUAUAAUGAAGAUCCAGGAUUUUGGAUGCAUUUAAUCUUAAGUAAACAUGAUGCAAAGAAAUUGAUCACAUCAUGAAAAAUAAAGUUACCGAGGAUUUUUCACUUUA